AUGGACUUCGUUGGUAGUCGAUAUUAUAUGCUUAAUCGAGUAAUGUUAUCAACUAUCGGGCUAUGGCCAUACCAAAAUGUGUGGCACAUGCGAAUUCAAAGAAUUUAUUUCUCUCUUUCUGUUGUAUCUUGCAUAAUAGUCCAGGUUUCUACAUUUAUUACAUCUGAAUUCAGUUUGGAUCUUCUUCUUGAAGUGUUAUCAUGUACAAUUCCUUGUUUCAUUGUCAUCUUGAAAUAUACUGCAUAUUGCGUGAAAAUUAAAUCUAUGAGAAUGAUAAUGGAGAUGAUAAAGUAUGAUUGGAGCAUACUAAAAGACAGAAUGGAAAGUGAAAUAAUUAAGAAAUAUACUUACAUAGGAGCAUUUUACGCACAACUAUUUGCACUAGUCACCUAUAGUGUUCCAAUAUUCUUCGCCUGUUUGCAUUUUAUACCGAAUCUUCUUGAUCUUGUGGCGCCACUUAAUCAUUCUCGUCCACAUCAUCCGCUGAUGGUAGUGGAAUACUUUGUUGACUUCAAUGAAUACUUUCAUCCUAUUCUUUUGCAUUUGGUUUUGUCCGUUUUUACAGUUCAAAUUAUACUAAUGUCUACCACAUCUAUAUAUGUAGCAUUCAUACAGCAUGUAUGCGGAAUGUUUGAAAUAGCUAGCUAUCGUAUUGAACAUGCUUUGGGCGAUUAUAAGAAAAGAAAUCCGGUUUCUGGAAGACGUUGUGUAGCUUGCACUAGAAUAAUCAGUGCCGUCGACAUUCACAGACGAGCUAUCGAGUCGGUAGUUUCUCAUCGCAUUAUUCAGGAUUUAAAUAUUAUUUAUAUGUUUCUUCAAAUUUAA